AUGGGCGACUGGAAUUUCCUUGGAGGGAUUUUGGAAGAAGUACACAUCCACUCCACCAUCGUUGGGAAAAUAUGGCUGACCAUCCUUUUCAUAUUCCGCAUGCUUGUCCUGAACGUGGCCGCUGAGGAUGUGUGGAACGACGAGCAGUCAGAGUUCUUCUGCAACACCGAGCAGCCAGGGUGCCGCACCGUUUGCUACGACAAAGCUUGCCCCAUCUCCCUCAUCCGAUAUUGGGUCUUGCAGGUGAUCUUCGUGUCUUCUCCGUCCCUGGUGUACAUGGGUCACGCCCUGUACCGGCUGAGGGCGCUGGAGAAGAUGAGGCAGAAGAAAAAAGUCGAGCUGAAGGGUGAACUGGAAGAGCCGGAGACAAUGUUGGAAGAUAGGCGCAGGUUGGAACGCGAGUUGAGACUGCUGGAGCGCAGAAAGUUAAACAAAGCUCCACUGAGAGGUUCUCUUCUGCGGACCUACAUCUUGCACAUCCUCACCAGGUCUGUGUUCGAGGUGGGGUUUAUGAUGGGGCAGUUUUUGCUCUACGGACUGGGAUUGGAUCCUCUGUACAAAUGCGAGCGGUUCCCCUGCCCCAACGUGGUCGAUUGCUUCGUGUCAAGGCCCACCGAGAAGACCGUGUUCAUGUUGUUCAUGCUGAGUAUUGCUGCAGUUUCCUUGUUCUUAAACAUCCUCGAAAUCAUUCACCUGGGCUGCAAGAAGAUCGAGUUGGGGCUCUUUGGCUGUUAUCCCAGACUGAAGGAGGAAGUGGGAGACAUGUACAUGAACAAAUCGCAGAAAAACUCUAGUGUUCAGCAAAUCUGUGCCGCCGUCUCUCGGCCCUCACAACAGAUGAUGACCCCCUCCGCCCCCAGCGGCUACGAUCUGCUGCUUGAGCAACAAGUGGAGUCCAUCAUAUAUCCGAUCUUCACACCGCCGCCUGAAUUCAAAUCGCUUCAAUGUGACCAGAAACUAUGUCAGAAAGGCGAGGAGCAAGAACCCGUGGCCAAUCAGAAAAACUCAACUUAUAAUGCAGCCCCCAGCGCCAAUGAAGGACAAAAAAAGUCAAAUGGAUCUGAGAUUCCAAGGCAACGUAGCGAAGAGUUGGAUCACUCUAACACUGCCUCCGUUCCCGUUGGCAGUUCCACACCAAGCUCCAAUUCAGCCAGUCAGAUGGAACUAUCAACGGCCGGGUUGUUAUACCCGACCCUUCACGCAGGUAGGGCAUCGUUCACUGCAAUUUCAGCCAGCGCCAGUCGCAAGCCACGUCGAGCCAGUGCCUAUUUUAACUGCAGCACAGAGGUUGAAGGCAGCGGCUCUGCCACAGAAUCCGAGCCAAGUAACAAGGGAAGAUGUGGCUUCAAUGCUACCCGGGCCAGGGCAGCUUCGAAAACAGACCUCAAACGGACCAGCAGACCUGACUCCCCUGAUUCAAUCUGUGAAUCCAGCUCAGAGUCGAAGCAUAGUGGAAACGGCGACAGUCGCCAUGCCCUCUCUCACUCACGGAGAAUGUCAUUGGCAAGUAACGCCAGCGGCAGGCGUGCUCCCACCGAUCUCCAGAUAUGAGCGUUAGUUUAAUUAAUAUCUUAUCUCUGUUCAAUACAAGAG